UUUCUUCCUCUCCAAAACAAACACACACAGAUUUGCCCAUUGAUGGAUUUAGUGGAGAUUGCUUUAGUUUUUUCGUGAGCCUCCAUGCUUUCUUCCACUCAUUAGUUUUAGCUGCUGCUGUUGCUGCUUCUUCAUCAAAACAAACCCAGAUCGGGGCUUGAGACUGCAUUUCUCCAUCCACCUCCGCUUCUUUCCUCACUCGCCAUUUCUCCUUUGAAUCGACAGAUACUAUUGUGAAGAAGAGCUUGAAGCCUGGCGUCAUGGCCCCCGCACGGCUCUGCAACAGCAAUAGCUGGUUUGCGCCGUCGCAGGCUCACUAUAUGCUUGGCCGCGUUGAGAUCGGUUCUGUCAGCUCCGACUCCGGCAGUAACAUGCGUCGGGAUCUAACUAGUUUUUGGGAUCUACCUGGUUUCUGCGAUCUACCUGGUUUCUACGAUCUACCUGGUUUCUAUGAUCUACCUGGUUUCUGGGAUCUACCUGGUUUCUGGGAUCUACCUGGUUUCUGGGAUCUACCUGGCUCUGUGGCUCAGAAAUAUCUUAUAAAUGGUUGCCAGGGUUUCUUAGUUUCUGUCAUUGAUGCCAAUAGUGUGACAUUGAGACUAGAAGACAUCCCUAUGGUGUGUGAGUUUCUAGAUGUAUUUUCGGAGGAUCUCCCAAGUUUACCUCUAGAUAGGGAGAUUAAAUUUGCUAUUGAUCUUGUUCUUGGCACCGGACCUAUUUCCAAAGCCCUGUACCAUAUGGCUCCUGCGGAGUUGAAGGAGUUAAAGGUCCAACUAGAGGAACUCCUUGCGAAAAGGUUUAUACGACCUAGUGUGUCACCUUGGGGGGCUCCAAUGUUGUUUGUUAAAAGGAAGGAUGGGAGCAUGAGACUGUGCAUAGAUAUUCGAGAACUGAAUAAGGUGACUGUGAAGAACCGAUAUCAACUUCCUAGAAUUGAUGACUUGUUUGAUCAGCUUAAGGGUGGCCAAGUGUUUUCUAAGAUUGAUCUCCGAUCUGGCUACCAUCAGUUGAAGAUUAAACCUGAUGAUGUGCCAAAGAUUGCCUUCCGUACUCGCUAUGGUCACUAUGAAUUCUUGGUUAUGCCUUUUGGCUUAACAAAUGCCUCUGUGAGAUUUAUGGAUUUGAUGAAUCGAGUAUUUAGCAAGUACCUAGAUAAGUUUGUGGUUGUCUUAAUUGAUGAUAUUUUCAUUUACUCUUCUAGCCAUGCUCUUCAUGAAAAGCACUUAAGGACAGUUCUCGAGACAUUGAGAAGUAAGAGGCUGUUUGCUAAAUUUAAGAAGUGUGAAUUUUGGCUAGAUAAUGUUGCAUUCCUAGGUGAUGUUGUGACUAAGGAUGGAAUCUCUGUUGACCCCCACAAGAUUGAGGCUGUGGUGGAUUGGAAAAGGCUGAAUAGUGUUACGAAAGUCCGUAGUUUUUUGGGAUUGGCUAGUUAUUACCGUCGAUUUGUGGGGGAUUUCUCUAGAAUUGCUUUGCCAAUGACCCGUCUGAUCAGGAAGGACACCCAAUUUGAGUGGACUCUAGAAUGUGAGAAGAGGUUUUUGACCCUUAAAGAGAAACUAGUCACUACUCUUGUACUCACACUUCCCAUUAGUGGGGAAGGAUUCACUAUAUAUAGUGAUGCCUCUAAAAAGGGUUUGGGAUGUGUCUUGAUGCAGAAAGAUAAGAUAGAGAUACAAGAUUCUUAUCUCAUUUCUGGACAAGCUUAUAGCAAGCACUUGAUACUUAAGGACAUGUUGAGCACUUGCAUCCUAGAUUGGAAAGGUUCAUGGGAUCAGCACUUAUCCAUGGCUGAAUUUGCCUGUGAGAGAAGCAUUCUAGGCCUAGAAUUGGUGCAACAGUCUUCUGAGAUUGUGCAAUUGAUCAAGGAACGCCUUUGUGCUGCACAGAGCAGGUUUGGCAUCCGAGAAAAAUUGAGUCCGAGGUAUAUUGGACCAUAUCCUAUCCUGGAAAGGGUUGGUGAGAAGUAUAUUCUGGACCCGAGCCACAUCAUUGAUCCCGAACCCAUUCAGCUUCGAGAAGAUCUCACUUAUGAUGAGCGCUCGAUCUGUACUUUAGAUUUUAAGGAGAGGGUAAUGCAGAGAAGGACUAUUCGUUUUGUUAAGGUCCUUUGGGAUAACCAUUCGGUUGAAGAAGCUAUUUGGGAGUUGGAAUCUAAGAUGAGGCAGGAACAUCCACACCUCUUCCAAGAUUAAGAGAAAAAUCCCGUGAAUUAGCUAUUGUUUUGCCAAAGCCAGUUCCUCCAUGCUGUUCGUGAAUUUGGAGAAUUUUGUAUAUGUGUGUUUAUGUGCAUAUAUAUAAAUGCACAAGCUGAUUUUUGGGCUCAAAUUUCAGAUAGAAGAAAAAUAAGGAUAAAUAAAUAAAUAAAUAAGAUUUCUUUAU